UGUUGUAAACAAACCCCUUUCAAUCGUAGCAGUUUCAGCGCUGAUAGAAGUUCUGGUGUACUUUACAUUCGAUCGGCAUCAUGUCGGAUAAGAAGCCAGCGGCAUCCGGCAAUUCGGCUGGUGGUGGUGGUGGUGGAGGAAGUGGUGGCGGUGGCGGCGGAGGUGACAAUAAAGAAAAGCGACGAAAGGAAUCCAUCCUCGAUCUGAGCAAAUAUCUGGAGAAGACGAUACGGGUCAAGUUUGCCGGUGGACGGGAAGCGGCCGGCGUGCUGAAGGGUUACGAUCCGCUGCUGAACCUGGUGCUGGACAAUACGAUAGAGUUUUUGCGCGAUCCGGACGAUUACAAGCUGGCGGACGAUACGCGGCACCUGGGGCUGGUGGUGUGCCGGGGCACGUCGGUGGUGUUGAUCUGUCCGCAGGAUGGCAUGGAAUCGAUACAGAACCCCUUCAUCGCCCAGGAAGGCUAGUGCGGGGAGUGUGAGGAAGCAGUGCAGGUACGGUGGGUGGUGUGUAUGGAGAGAGAGAGAGAGAGAGAGAGAGAGGCGGCUGCCACACGCUGCACUUAACUGGCUACCAUUUCCUUCCGGUGGUAAACGAAAGCUCUGGAUCGCCGGAAGGUUUCAUCAUUUCUUAUCGUUCUUUUCAUCCAACAAACUGUUUUUUGGUUACUAGCCAAAGCAUUUGUUACAGAAAACUCCAUUCAUCCGUUAUGUUACAUCUUUCGUUAAACUUUUCUUUAUACACCAUUCCGUUAUUAUUCAUACAUUCACAUUUUCUCCAUUUUUUGUAGUCCCAAUCACGAAAUUCUUAACCGAAAUGGUCCAGGUUGUAGGAACAAGGAACUGCCGAAGGAAAUGUAGUGGAAAAGGGGUGAACGAGACGAACGCAAAAUCUUAACUAGUUUCUGGAAGAGAGAUCGGUAAAUCGAUCAAUUUAUUAACUUAUGCUUAAGUAACUUACUCCUAACACUUCUACCAGAACUCGAGUGUGGCAAACGACUAUCCACACUGGCCCCGUCUGGGCUUUGAUAUUGUCGUUCGUCGCAGACACAUACACACACACUCCCACGGUGGUGCCUUUUUCCCGCGGUCACGGGCCAAAGCUC